AUGGGCGUGACGGACAGCAAAAUAAGCUUUAAGCAGAGCAUCGUUCGGAUCGGAGGCGAAGUCAACAUCCCAGUCAACGACGCAAUCUGGCAGCAGAUGUUCGCGCUCCCAGAGUCCUUCGGAGAUGUCGCGUCCUUGUGUUCUGUCAGCGACAUAGGAUGUCUCACGAAGAGCAACGACAAUAAUCGUCCUCCGCCGAACACUCAGGUCGAGCCGAACAAGAACCUCGAGACGCUCCUGUACGCUCUCAUCCGCCACUUGAAGACUCUACAAGAGCAGCAUGUCUACGAAGAUGAUCAGCGCCGCACAAACAACGAGAUCCUCAACUGCAUGCGCAUCCUCACGCGCGUACUUCCCUUCAUCUACGAAGCCCAGCACCUUAAAGACUGGCACAAUAGCUUCUUCUGGGAGCCUCGUCGCCCUACAUGCUAUUGGGAUAAGAGACGAGAGACUGGACCGCUGAUGGAUGGCCUCAACCCCAGCGAGAAAUACGAGAAGAGUUUCGGCGACAUGCACGUUGGCAAGCCACUGGGGCAAGAGACCUUGGAGAUUGUCACCAGUUAUCUCUUCUUCAGCGGCUUCACCCUGCCCAAGAGGGUCAACGACAAGGGCAAGCCGGAUCUGGAGAUAGUCGCGAAAGUUUGGCAGACAGGCAUUGGCAGCAAGGUCAGCGCGAACUGUACCAAGGACAAUGAAAAGAACCAGCAAGAGGUCAUCAGACUGCUCAUUGCCUUGAUGAGUAAGACAAUGUACAUCCAGCCAAAUGAUGUACCGUUGGUUGACGUAAAGGCACUCACGUUCAUGACGACUGGCCUGAGCGAGCGCAUGGUGAAGGCCAUAGUCUGUUCGACGAUGAACACGGCUCUGAAGUACAACCCCAACAUCUGGAGUGUCCCAGUAGAGGUGGCUACCGGUGGUGACCAUAAGAAGCACCUAGUCACCAACUGUUUGCAGCUACUCCUUGCCUUGCUGAUCUACCCGCCGCCGGAUGGAGCUAAGAACCAAUUCCGCCAGUUGGCAGGCAGGCUGAAGAAGCCAGAAGACUUCCAAUUCGUAAAUCAAGGCCUGAAUCAGGUCCUCUCACAGCCAAUCCACAACAACUUCAGCUACUCCCUGGCAAAGGAUAAGGCUGUCGCUUGGGCUCCAGAGAUGAUAACCUUGCUCUGGGAGCUUGUCCAGUGCAACAAGAACUUCCGUCGCUAUCUCGUCGAGACCAAUAGCAUGCUGGACUACGUGGUGGUUAUCCUCUACUAUUGUCUGGAUGCCAUGACCGACGCCGCUAAGCACGGCAUUCUCCGCGCGGGCGUCUUCUUCCUUCAGACGAUGAGUACGGAGCCUGGUUUCGCCAUCAAGAUGAAUGAGGUCUUUCGCCAUCCCGAGACCUUGCCGCCAGUCAUGAGGAUCCCGAAUUUCCAUGGAUCGUACACUGACUUCUUGAUCUGCUCCUUCCACACGAUCUUCGUAUCCUGCGAAGGCAAGUUCGAGGCCAUCUAUCCCGCGUUGCUGACAGUCCUCCGCAACAUCGCGCCGUACCAGAGGAACUUGGCCCGCGCAACCUCGACGAAGAUGCAGGACAUGUUCCAGAGAAUGUGCAGUGCCCAGUGGCUUGUCAACAAGGAGAACACCGAUGUGUUGAUCAUCGAAUAUCUCGAUGCUGUCAACAGCAUUCUGGGCAACAAUUAUCAGGAGAACCGGAAGUUCGUCGAAGUGCUUGUGGCGAGCCGGAGUCGUUUCAAGGCAUUGCGCGCGUUCACGCUCGAUAGUGCCUUGGAUCAGCUGAAUCGUGAUGCCCAGCACCGUAAAGAUCGUGGCGAAGAUGUAUCCGCCAUGCGAAGCCCGAUAUCCCGCACGACCUCCCUCGAUAGUGUCCGUGGCCCACCCUCCGCUAGAGCUCCCGCUCCCUCUUUAGGCGAUGUGCAAGAACACGAAACAUUCUCCAUUGGCGACGACGACGACGACGACGAGACGCCCAUCCCCCAAUCCGAUACCGUGAACAGAGCUAGUGCAGAAGAUGCCUCGAGCCCACGUCUGAGCGAAAGAGCGCGCGGCAAACAGCCCGCAGUCUCAGUAGCAUCAACGUCACGCACUCCCUCCACAACAAGCCUACCAUCCCUGAGCACAUCACGAUCCCCAAACGUAUCACAACUCCAGCCCUCAAAAGAAUGGCUCGAUAGCUGGCUCCCCCAAGUCCAAGCAAAGCUCGAACCGAUAUUACACAUAAUAGACCUUGCAGAGAAGAAGCAGCUCAAAUUCAAAGAAUAUGGAUCGAAAUCAGCAGCAACAACACCAGCAGCCACAGACGUUCCCAGUACGCCUACCAAGCAAUCUCUCGAAGAGCGACGAAAAGCCACCGAACCCUCCGAACUCGCCAGCAAGCCCGGCGAAGAAGAGGACUCACAUCAAGCCGAUGGAGAAGGUGGCUUUCAAGCUGAACGAGAUUCUCCUCCAACAACAACCCGACCGCCAACAGGAUUCCAAUGGACAGCAGUAGCAAUUGGGUGGUACACGGCGCUCAUAUGGAGCAGGAUCUACUUGAGUGAGGCGGAAGCAUUCCAAGGACCGGGUGGACUGUAUAGUAGUACGGACGUGAGGCUGUUUAGCCGGAGGAGCGCGGCGCAGGAGAUCAGUUUGAGGAGUCCGCGCGGUGCUAUUGAUGCGGUGGGCGAUGGGUUGGUCAAGAGGAUCAGUAGUAUGAGUCUGCCCACUGGGGCGAAAUGA